UAAUUUUUAUCCAUACAGAGGCUAACUGCUUCAAAGCAGAAAAGCACAAUUCAACCAACAAAAAGGCCAAAAUCCCAUUUCUCCUUCUUCCUCUUUUGUGUGUCUCCUUCCUUUUCUUUGAAUUUCUUUCCUUUUUUAGUGUUCCUGCUACUAAUUUGGUGGUGAUGAAUGAUGAUUGUUGGUUGGUAGUGUGAGUUGAUGAGAGAGUUAACCGAAAAUCUCUUCUCAUUCUCCGUCUUCUUCCAGAUCUGGGCCAUGCGACGACCGUCAAUGACCACCAACGACUGCCCAAACCAUUGCGAUAAUCCUCAUCUUCUCCUUGAAAAUCCCUAAUUGCUGUUACUUAUCGUGAGACUGCGAUGAGCUUGAAGAUCUGUUACUUACCGUGAAACCGUGGACCCAUUGCUACCGGAUCUACAAAACCACUACUAGUAAGCUUCCAUUGCUCCCCUUUCUUUUCUUUUUGAUUGAAGAUUGUUUGAAGAUUUUUUAUUGAUUAUUACUAUUUCUUCUACUUCCUCAUGUCAGAAGAAUUUGUGUCCUGUACUUUGCCAUUGUUUUCGCAUUUUUCUUCUGUUUUUUGGCAUUUUUCUUCUCUUUUUAACUUGUUGUUCCUAUUUUUGGAUAAUAAGCUUUAUGGGUUUGUGGCAAAGAAUUGGUAAAUCGUGAUGCUUGUGUGAUCUACCUCUUGUUUGUAGUACCUAUUUCUACCCUAUUGAAAUUAUUUUUGUUGUGAAGAAACUUAAGGAGAGGUGGAAAAGAGUAGAAUAGACUACUAUUUUUUGGUCUUUGCUGAAUCAGUUAAAUCAAUUUUGGUGCUAUUGGAUUAUUAUCUUCUUCUUCUUUUCUUUUUUUAAGUAAUUUAAUUCAUAUUAAUCAGAGGAAAAUCUGAACUUUAUUUCUUACACUCUCCCUAAUUUCACUUAGAAAAUGUAGUGUGGUUGCUUGUUAUGGUGUUUGGCAUAAGACGUUUGUAGUGCCUAAUUAUGUCAAUUGUAGUAGUGCUCUGUUUUUUGAUAUUUAUGUUCUAGAAUCCUCUUAAGUUGUAUUUGAACUUAGUAAUUAGCAUGAAUUUGAAGGCUGUUAUUUAGAUAAUUCUUUCUGUUGUGGUAUUCUAUUUUUUUGUUGUAGUUUUUGCUUAUUCUCUUAGUAUUUAUAUUUGAGUAGUUACUGAAUUUUUAAGAAGCAUAAUGUAUUUGAGAUAUUAUUAGUUUCUAGUGUUAUU